AUGGAGGAGCUGAGCGCCGUGGGAGAGCAGGUUUUUGAUGCGGAAUGCAUUUUAAACAAACGCCUGAGAAAGGGAAAGUUGGAGUUUCUGGUGAAGUGGAGGGGAUGGUCAUCCAAACACAACAGCUGGGAGCCCCAAGAAAACAUCCUUGACCCCAGACUGUUGGCUGCGUUCAACAAGAAAGAGCAAGAAAAGGAGCUUCUGAUGCGGAAAAGAGGAAAAAGGCCCAGAGGACGACCACGGAAAAUCCUCGAUAACGUUCCUGAAGCUGCAAAGUCAAGCAGCUCUUCAUCUGGCUCCUCAUCAUCGUCCUCCGAUUCCUCAUCGUCGUGCUCGUCCUCUUCAUCCUCAUCAGAGGACGAAGAUGAUGACAGCCACGUCAAACAGGCAAACCCGAGUGUCAGAGCAAGAGAGCUGCAUCCCGUCCCUCAGAAGAAGGCCCAGAUCGUCAUGGCGAAACAGGAGCCCCCAAAGAAACGAAGCAGGAAGCCUCUGCCCCCCGAGAUGAAGGAAUUUCCACAGAACAAGGGCUCUCGCAAAAUCCUGAAGACGACCAAAGAUGCAGAUCUUCCAGGAGCCAUCAAAAAGCCUGUUCACCCGGCGAGCUUCACCUUCAUGGGUUUCCAUCGGGGCUCGGCCCGGGAUGCAGUCAGUGGUCAGAACAGGAGCUCUCUGGCCCAGGGUGGGGCUGUUAAAAACUCCAUGAGCCCCGUGGGAUCCGGCAGGUCGUCGGUCCAACCUGCCUCGGCCUCCAUGAACAAAUCCAGCCAGAGCAGAAAUGUCACUGACGGUAAACUGUCCAUCUCCAACAUGAGCAGCGGGACAAGCUUGGAUUUGAAAGCAGCUGCUAGUAAAUCAAAAGGGGUAGCAGCGUUGAAUUUGAAUACAUCCAAACACCCGGUUCAAGGGACCACUCAGCAUACACUAAGCUCCCCCAAUGGACAAAAGAAACCCCAGGCCCCUGUGCCGACAGUGCAGCGGAUACCUAAUGCUAAACCUUCCUUACCAUCUAAGAAUGCCUCCUCCAAUCAAGGUUCUGGUCUUCAGCUGCUCAACCUCCAGAAUAAAGUGGCGCAGACCAACGAUGCUCCUGGAAAUGGUACCACACCAACAUCAGGCCCGAGGAAUGCAACAAACCCAGCGAGGAAAACCACUGUGACACAAAGCCAGGAGUGUAAUCCUCCUAAGAGUCCGGCGACCCCUGGAAGACCGCCGGCUAGAAAAACACAGCCUGGUGCAGACAAGGUCAGGGAGGUGAAUGAAAUCCAGUCCUCCAGAGUCCAGGGCAGGCUGGAGAAGAGCAGUGUGCAUAAAUCCUCCGCAGAGGUCCAGAGCCAGCACGAGAGAUCAGCCUCCAAAGACGGCAAGAAGGCCAAAAUGAACGACAUGAGCACGGGAGAGGAGGAGAGCAGCUCAGACUCUGACCAGGAUUCUUCGUACGCCGGACAAGGUCGCUCGGUCACGGUCCAGAACCAGGACUGGAAGCCAACGCGUAGUCUGAUUGAACACGUGUUUGUAACGGAUGUCACUGCUAAUCUGGUUACCGUCACAGUCAAAGAGUCGCCAACCAGCGUGGGCUUCUUCAGCAUUCGUAACUACUGACAGGACAAACAGCAGAUCUGAACUAGAUGAACAUUUGACUGGAGAAACAUCAGGGAAGAAAUUCCUUCUUCUUCUUCUUCUUUUAGUCAACACCAAUUCUAAAUACGUGAAAUACCGAAAGCCAGUUAUUGAUUGUAAUUAUUUAUUUGCUCAUGUCUAAAAAAAUUGCAUUCUGGCCCGAUAAUCUCAAAGAUACAAAUGUAGUUCCAGUGAGUUCAAAACUGCAUUAUUACCGGAGAAAAAUAACUUAUUCUUCAUAUUCACAAUUUAAACAUCAUGUCAAAACUCUAGCGUCUCAUGUAUCUUUGCGAAAUAUUUGCAUUUAUACAUUCACGCUGAUCUUUGUUUGAUUCGUUUCUCUGUUGAUGAGAUUAUCUACUUUGUUAUUAUACAGCAUCGCAGAUAGAAGGAAUGUCUAAAUGAAGAAAUUAUGAGAGGUAGGCGUGAGCAGAAGGGCGAGCUUCUUUUAUGGAUAGCAGACAUUUAGUGCAUUAUAAUCUGUUAAUGUUGUGAAUCCUAAUAGCUACCAUAAGCCAGUUUUAAAUUCUUUGUAGUAUUGAGUCCAUAGUAUUGUUUAUUUUUUUAAUGUUUCAUAAAUUAGCUACCUCUGUUUUUUCAGCGUGUGCUGCAUAUGUAUAUUCAUUUCUUAUGGGUUAGGAAAACCUUUCCCUCCAGGGUAUACUAUCAUUGUGUCCACAUAAUUGUUUUUAUAUAAAUGUAUUGGGACUUUUCAUGCUGUGUAAACUUGUGUUAGUACCAGUGUCCAACUCAAGCUGCAGACAACAGCUUCAUUUCUGUGUACUGAAAACCCAUCAGGAGUGUCUCCGAGCUCCACGCAGUGUUGAACUGUGCGCGCCGCUAUCGCCUCAAAAAGAAGAUUCAUUCCACAGUGCAGCCAGUUUAUCAGCGCAGUUUUCCAAACGGGCUGAAGCAUGUGGGGAGUCAGAUACAGUAUCUCUGUUCCCCCUCGCCGCUCAGAUAAGACUCGGCCCUGACUGAGGUUUGCUGUUCCGCCUUUGCAUCAGUUCUGUCCUUCAACGAGAUAUUCACGAGCAACUUUUUUCGGCUGUAAUUAAUACAGAGAAAAACCAGAAAGUGAGCGUAAACGUGGCAGGAAGAUUAUGAACAGGACACCUGGUGAGGCUUCUCCCUCAGUUCGCCACCGCCCUCCCACAAGUCUUUCGCUGCUUUGAAACCACAAUGGGAAGGGCUGGGUGUGGACGAACAAUACUCGACAAUAAAUGGCUCAGUAUUGUUAAACGCCAGAAUAUCAGACAUCAUCAUAUCCGUACUGGUGUUUUAAAAUGUCUAGAACCGACGUACCAGAUUUGUUUUUGUUGGUAUUAUGUUGUUACUUGCAGCUGUGGACGUUUCAUUUCACCCCGCAUGCAUGGGUUCAGGAGCUGCAGGCUCGGCCUCUCAGACAAAAAGAAAGGAAAAAAAAAAAAAGGUCUUUAUCUGAUGUAACGGAAAAGAAACCGCAACAAUGUGCGCUACUUUCUGCUCCCUUGAGAGGAGUUCAGCAACAAAGCACUUCAACUGAACUCUUCUGUCUAAUCCUGCUCUGCAGACUGUGCCUUUCUUUCUCUCAAAGACUAAACACAAAGGCAUUACCCCAAAGAUAGCUAGAAUUUCAGGUUGUUCAAUAAAGGAGUAUCCCUAGAGCAUAGCAUGGAGACUGUACCGUUUUUUUUUUUAUUUCCUUGUCUGGAUUGUUUUGAAACGGGAGGGGAAAAGCCCGGCUGGAAGACUUAUCAUAAAUGUAUGGAACAGACAAAUACUGGAUGCUUAUUGAAACCAUAAGAGUGGUUUAGGUCCAAUGUGCAGAAGUAGUUUCCAUUCAGGAACUCAUAUUACAUGUGCCACAGGUAGGUAUAGCUCCAGCAUACUGUACAUGUCUCUCAGAGUCAAGGAAAUCCACCAGACAAUAGGUUAAAGAUUAGUCUAGGGUUAAUCAAGAUGUCUUUUACCACUACUAUGUGAUAGGCUAUGGGGUAAUGCAAAAAUGUUUGUGAUGUUUUUUGUACACUUUUUUUUUUUUUUUUGAUGAAAAGAAAGCACCUGGCAUAAACAUGUUUCCAGUUGUGGUCUUCUUCUUAGGUCUACUAACCAUCUCAAAGAAAUGUUUUUGUCAUUACAAACUAUUUAUUUCAAAUGUAAAGCCUUUCAGGAAUAGGACUGUGACACCAAUCUUUGCAUUGUGCCACUUGUCAAAUUGACUAAUAAAUGGUACAACUUA